CCCGCACUGAGAGGACGACUCCGCCUGUAUUGGUUCUAACGGCGGCAUAUAAACAGCCUCUUCUGACAGUCACUGGCAAAAAUCGCCGAUGACAGAAGAAUAAUUUUCCAUCGGUCAAAGGAAGAAAAAGAUGGAUCUUUCUUUAUCCUCCAGGGAAGAUCCAUUCGCCCCGGAGAGUAUUUUUUCCAAACAGGAUCUCCCGGUCGUGCCAAAUGAUAAUCCAGAGUCGUACUGUCGGCUAUGUUUGACGACGCCUGAUGUGGAACCACUGUUCCCAAUGGGGAGCGAUCCGAAUGUGUACAUGCUGGAACUUAUCGGGAAGUACAUAGGCAUCGGGUUGAGUCUGCAUGAAGAUUAUCCGUGUGCUUUGUGUCGUCCGUGUCAGCUCAUUUUGGAUCAGUUUGAUUUGUUUCGGCAGAAUUGCUUGAAGGUAGACAUCGCCAUUAGAAGAAAAAGACUUGGAUUGGACCAAGUGAUAAAAAAUGAACCUCUUGAUGAAAUUGAUGAAGAUGAAGCGGAUCUACCGUAUAUACGCAUUGAAAAUAGAAGUUAUAAGUGUCGAAUCUGCUCGCAAAUAUUCCGCUCGCUAUCGCUAUUCAUGGUCCACUGCAAGGAAGAGCACCCCGGUGAAUCGCGGAUGUUCAAGUGUAAAAUUUGCGACAAAUCAUUUAUGACUAAGACGGCCCGUCUGGCACAUAUACGAUCUCACAAGAGCAGUAACUCUCAGGAAGCCGACUUGACGAGUGAUCGCAUACAGGUGUGCGAAAAAUGCAUGGUUACUUUCGACUCCUAUAAACUGUUGAAAAUUCACAUCAAAGAUCACCACUCGAACGAUCCCAAACAAGAUACCCUGGUGUGCAGCACCUGCAGUAAACAGUUCAGCAGAAUCACCAUACUUCGCAACCACAUCUUGCGUGUGCAUCUCGGUAAAUUGCCUCACGCUUGCAAGCAUUGUGGAAUCAGUUUUGGCUACAGCCAACAGCUACUGAUCCAUCUUAAACAUGAACAUGGCAUUGUCAUGUCCCGACAGGAGCAACUGAAUCAGUCAGGCCAAUCAUUCACAGAGGAGGAGUUCGAUAAUGAGGAGGAGAAUCAGAUUAUGCCCCCUGUGCCUGAGGUGGUAGAGGAACAACCACCUCAGGCAGUAACACCGGAACCGGCUCCCAGCAGAAGAAACAAGUACACAUGUAUCGACUGUAGCAUGCAGUGCAGCAGUCAUGACGAGUUGAGGAAUCAUCGCAAGAUUCACCAGGAUCCAACUUGGUGGAAGUGUAUGCACUGUCGCAACUUUGUGAAACACCAGAAGAUGCACCUGAUGAAGAAACAUCCAACUAUAGCCGAUAGUGACGAUGUGGAUUCUUCCUUCGAGCUGCGGUAUCGUUGCUGGUUGUGUCGGGUUUACUUCAAAUCUAUCCAACAGAUGGAAGUACAUGCCAAUGUGCGCCAUCAGAUUCCUCUGCCCAGAAAUCAUCAGCCACCGGAAGCGGAUCAAUCGAUGAGUGAUGAGGGGGGCGACGUUGGGGAACACUCAAUGGUCCCACUGAAGCAGCCUACCCCGAUGACGGUGCAGCCGCCGCUUGCGAUCGGGCCAGAGCAUUUGCCGCUGCUGUUGUCGCAGCUCGAGAACGGCGCAUGGGAUUAUGUGAAGGACAUUAGAAGAUUCAUGGACCCUGCUAACCUGUCCGCUUAUUCGGUCAAGAUCAAGGAAGAUCCCGAUCAGUCGGACACGUCAGCCAAUGCGAUGGAUUUAUCUGGCAUGAGUGAGCAAGCCGCCAGUUCGAGGGAUGUCUCGUUCAACGCUCAGUCCAGAGACGACAUCGAGCAGGACGAUUUGAACGAGAACGAUUCGGACGACGAUUACUUCGUUCGAUUGGAGAACCGUACCUACCAGUGCAAGUUCUGUACGGAAACAUUCCGCCAUCUGUUGCUGAUAAGGAAGCACGUCAAGCUGCAGCACCCAACCGAGUGGAAGAGCUUCCGCUGCGGCGAGUGCAAGCGCCGAUUCCCGUCGGCGGCGAUUCGUGAUCGUCACGCGCAUUUCCACUCGCUAGAUCAUCCUUUCAAGUGUACCAAGUGUGACCAGGUGUAUGCUACUAAGAAAAGACUGGAGCAGCAUGUCAGCUUUUUCCAUGAAAGCACUUCACCUACAUUCACAUUGGAACGCAUAAGAUGCGGGCCUUGUCGUUUGUUGUUCACCGAAAAGAAAUACUACGAUCUCCACUCGAGAGUAUAUCACGAUCGUAAACCGACGCGGUUGAAGAAUCUGACCACGAAAAUCCAAGUUUGCGAGAGAUGUGUCAUCACGUUCAAUUCCCGAGAGCUACUGUCGGAACACAUGAAACAAUUCCACCAAUCCGAUCCUCCCAUGGUGAAGUGUGAGUGUCCAAAAUGUGCGAAGGAUCUAAAAACAUUAACUUUGCUUAGGAUCCACAUUCUUGUGGUUCACUUGGGACAUCUUCCGUUCGUUUGUCAGUAUUGCGAGGCCGCAUUCUCAAGUCGUCACUGGCUUCUGAAGCACGUCGAGAAGGACCACUCCGAACAGGUUACAUAUAAAUGCCCUGCCUGUGACGAAUCGUUUAACAGUGAGCAAAAGCUUACCCUCCAUCAGGAUCAGCUUCAUUCUCAGCCCCAGUUUGAGUUCGAUCCGAACACUGGACUGGCUCUGUUCCCUUGCACCAAGUGCGACAAGAAGCUCGAAUCGAAAGAUCUUCACGAGAAGCACAUGCUGAAAGCCCAUCCAACCUUCAUGCUACUCUACAAAUGCCCGCUGUGUACGAAACCCAUACGCUACCGCAGACAGCACAUGCGGAUCCACCACGAUGUCGAUUACGACCCGAAGGAACACAUCUACCAGACCCGCUACAAGUGUCACUGCUGCUCGAAGCUGUUCAAGCAGAAGCGUCUUCUCAGUGCCCAUCAGAAUGCAUUAUCCUUCCAGUGCGAUCGGUGCCAGAUGCGUUUCAAAACGAAAAAGAGCCUCCAGGCGCACGGCGCUGUCCACAAAAUUACCAACGCGCUCAAGUGUGAGGAUUGUGGACUGGAAGUGGCGUAUCGUGCCCGGCUGGAGGAACAUCGGCGACGAUUCCACAGCAGCACUUCGACGGAAACGCUCAAACUAAUCAGCUGUCCGUACUGCCCGAAGCUGUUCAUGAGCAUGAGCAAUCGCGAACGGCACAUCAGCGUUCAUCAUCCGCAGGAUGGUUUCCAGAUUGAGUGCCAUCAUUGUCCGUUGAAGGUGACGGAUACCACCGUGCUGCGGAAGCACUAUCGAACCGAUCAUCCGGAGGAAAGAUGCACAUUCAAGUGUCCAGUUUGUGCUAAGGUGUACUUGCAUGCGUCCAGCUAUAAGACACAUUUCAAACAGCACAAGACUGGUGUGAAGGAGAGAAGAGAAAGAGAGAAGCUACAAAAUUCCAUGCUGAGUGGGGAGGGUGGCUCCGAGGCAGAGAAAAGUCAGCAACCAUUGAAUGCGAAGGAUUUUAUUAAACAGGAGUUAAACGACGAAGAAGCUGAGGUCCACGAACCGGAGAUAGAAGUGAAACUAGAGCCCGGAUUGGCGGUUGAGGAAACGACACCGAUCGAAUCGUCUGUGGCAGCUAAUGAGCAAACGGACGAUAUAAAGACAGAGAACGGAAUACCACAAGCGGAGGAUGGAAAUGGUUACGAGCAGGAAGUAGCAGCUGUAAGUUCCACCAAUGCCAGGGAAAUGUCUAAGUUUACUACAGAGGACGCGGAAGGUAGGAAAAAUUCAGUUGAAGCAGACACUUCAGAGGAGCUAAAUGAUGCAGAGACAGAUUCCGCGACCGAGAGUGAAAUGUACAAAGCUCUCACUGAGGAAGCGAACUUGAGGACAAGUUCAGUUGUGGAUGAAGCGAAACCCGAAUCUGUAAAUAAAUCACAGGAGGAAAAUGAUGCAAAGGAGAAUUCCGUGGGUGAGGGUGAAAUUUCACAACAGAAGCACACAGAAGUAUCACUUCCAGAGACAGGUCCUGUUAAAGCGGUCGAUGCGGAAUGCACCGGCGAACCAAAAAAUGUAAAUGAACAGAAUAAUGAAGAGAAGAACCCCGGGAGCGAUGGAGAAUCCUCUCAGAAAGAUAAUUUAAAAACAGACCCCUCUGAAAUUGAACAAAAAGUAAAUACCGAUGAAGUUAUCAACGGUGCCGGAGAGCCACCUUUGUCAAUACCAACAGAACAAAUGAAAACAAAAAAGGAAGCAUCAGCAACUUCAGCACCACAUGCGGAGAUAGGCGAAGGCGCGAACAAACAGAAUGAUAUCCAGAGUUGUGGGUCAGGAAUUUCAAAAGACGAAGCAGUGGAAGGGGUCAAAAGCAACUCUAGUAUUUUAGACACAGUAGUACAAAAAACAGAAUGCGAUUCAGAAAAUACAGAAAUUAAAAACCAAGUUGGAACUAAAAGUUCAGAUACUCCUGUAGAAACGUUAAAAAAUGCAAUUGAUAAGGUAGUGCCAGCCACCGAGUGCAAGGGAGAGUCUAAAAAGCAGACGAUCGAACAGAUUACCACUCCGGAACUUAACAAUGACGAUGCGGGUGAGAAGGACCAGACAAAGGACGGAGAGGAAGAAAUGAUUGCAGAAAAUGUGGCGGUUGAACCUAAGCCGGAACACGCCGGAGCGCCUGCAAAACCCGCUGAAACAAAAGCUACUGAGCCAGCUGCUGACGAUGGUGGAAUGCCGCCGAACAAGAAGAUUAAACAAGAUCAGAGUGUAGAUGAUAAUGUAACAGAUUCGUAAGUAUUCAGAAAUUAUGUGUUAGUAGUCUAUGUCGGAUUUCGUCGUAAAGUUUACUACAUGUAUGCGUAAAAUAUAUCAAUAAAUCGUUUAGUGUGAAAUUA